AUGGAUGAAAGAUAUAUUGGUGAAAAACCUUUGUUUUUAAGAAACCCUAUUCGUACUUUGCGAUUUUAUGCUCACACCAAGCCAAAUUUGUUUUUUUCUGCUGUCAUUGGUAUAAUUGGUCCAUUGGGUGUAUUAUUUAUAACUCCCUUGAGAAGAAAAUAUCUUUUUGAAGAUGCUCCACCUGUUCCCACCUAUUAUCCAAUACCAAAUAGACCCAGAGAUUUGACUUUAUCUGGUUAUGAUGACUAA